UCUGUCCUCUCGUAGGCUCCGCUGUAGCUCGCAAUGUGACACCAGGACGCACACGCACUCGCGCGCUCUCCCCAGCUCACACUCCCUCGCCCUCUCUCUCACAUACACGCGCACGCACACACCCACCUCUCCCAUAAACACACACACACACAUGCACACCCACACCCACGCGCGCCCGCACCGCCCCACGCGCGCACACUCCCGCCCACGCCCACGCCGCGCUCCGGGGAGUCCGGUCCCAGCGAGAGCGCGAAAGGAUACGGAGAAGCCACCCGCGGGGAGUGCAGCGGCGCCCCGGGACGCGGCGCCCUCCCCGCGCGGCCGCCUCGGCUUGGGCUCGGCCUGGGGGCCGCCGGCCGGCGAUGGCCCCGGAUUGCCUGCUGCUGCUCCUCCUGGCAUCCGCAGUGGCCGCUAUGGAAGAAACUUUAAUGGACACCAGGACAGCUACUGCAGAGCUGGGCUGGACAGCCAAUCCCGCGUCAGGGUGGGAGGAAGUCAGCGGCUACGAUGAAAACCUGAACACCAUCCGCACCUACCAGGUGUGCAAUGUCUUUGAGCCCAACCAGAACAACUGGCUCCUCACCACCUUCAUCAACCGGCGGGGGGCUCAUCGCAUCUACACGGAGAUGCGCUUCACUGUGAGAGACUGCAGCAGCCUCCCCAACGUCCCAGGCUCCUGCAAGGAGACCUUCAACUUGUACUACUAUGAGACUGACUCAGUUAUUGCCACCAAGAAGUCGGCCUUCUGGUCUGAGGCCCCCUACCUCAAAGUAGACACCAUUGCUGCGGAUGAGAGCUUCUCCCAGGUGGACUUCGGGGGAAGGUUGAUGAAGGUCAACACAGAAGUCAGGAGCUUUGGGCCUCUGACUCGGAACGGUUUUUACCUCGCUUUCCAGGAUUAUGGGGCCUGCAUGUCUCUCCUUUCUGUGCGUGUCUUCUUCAAGAAGUGUCCCAGCAUUGUGCAGAAUUUUGCGGUAUUUCCAGAGACCAUGACGGGGGCAGAGAGUACAUCUCUGGUGAUUGCUCGGGGGACGUGCAUCCCCAACGCAGAGGAAGUAGACGUGCCCAUCAAGCUCUACUGCAAUGGGGAUGGAGAGUGGAUGGUGCCCAUUGGGCGCUGCACCUGCAAGCCUGGCUAUGAGGCUGAGAACAGUGUGGCCUGCAAGGCCUGCCCCGCCGGGAUGUUCAAGGCCAGCCAGGAAGCUGAGGGGUGCUCCCACUGCCCCUCCAACAGCAGAUCCCCUUCAGAGGCAUCUCCCAUCUGUACCUGUCGGACCGGCUAUUACCGAGCGGAUUUUGACCCCCCAGAAGUGGCAUGCACUAGUGUUCCAUCAGGCCCCCGAAAUGUCAUCUCCAUUGUCAAUGAGACGUCCAUCAUUCUGGAGUGGCAUCCGCCCAGGGAGACGGGCGGGCGGGACGAUGUGACCUACAACAUCAUCUGUAGAAAGUGCCGCACAGAUCGUCGGAGCUGCUCCCGCUGUGACGACAACGUGGAGUUUGUGCCCAGGCAGCUGGGCCUGACCGAGUGCCGAGUCUCCAUCAGCAGCCUGUGGGCCCACACCCCUUACACAUUCGACAUCCAGGCCGUCAACGGAGUCUCCAGCAAGAGCCCCUUCCCCCCACAGCAUGUCUCCGUCAACAUCACCACAAACCAAGCUGCCCCUUCCACUGUUCCCAUCAUGCACCAGGUCAGCGCCACCAUGAAGAGCAUCACCUUGUCCUGGCCACAGCCGGAGCAGCCCAAUGGUAUCAUCCUGGACUAUGAGAUCCGGUACUAUGAGAAGGAGCACAAUGAGUUCAACUCCUCCAUGGCCAGGAGCCAGACCAACACGGCACGGAUCGAUGGCCUACGGCCCGGCAUGGUGUACGUGGUACAAGUGCGUGCCCGCACGGUGGCCGGCUAUGGCAAGUUCAGCGGCAAGAUGUGCUUCCAGACGCUGACGGAUGAUGACUACAAGUCCGAGCUGAGGGAGCAGCUGCCCCUGAUUGCCGGCUCGGCGGCCGCCGGGGUGGUGUUCGUGGUGUCGUUGGUGGCCAUCUCCAUUGUGUGCAGCAGGAAACGGGCUUACAGCAAAGAGGCUGUGUACAGCGAUAAGCUCCAGCAUUACAGCACUGGCCGAGGGGAGUUCGGAGAGGUGUACAAGGGGCGCCUGAAACUUCCGGGCAAGAGGGAAAUCUAUGUGGCCAUCAAGACGCUGAAGGCCGGGUACUCGGAGAAGCAGCGUCGGGACUUUCUGAGCGAGGCCAGCAUCAUGGGCCAGUUUGACCAUCCCAACAUCAUCCGCCUGGAAGGCGUGGUCACCAAGAGUCGGCCCGUCAUGAUCAUCACGGAGUUCAUGGAGAACGGGGCUUUGGAUUCUUUCCUCAGGCAAAAUGACGGACAGUUCACGGUGAUCCAGCUGGUGGGGAUGCUCAGGGGUAUUGCCGCAGGCAUGAAGUACCUGGCCGAGAUGAACUAUGUGCAUCGGGACCUGGCUGCUAGGAACAUCCUGGUCAACAGUAACCUGGUGUGCAAGGUGUCUGACUUUGGCCUUUCCCGCUACCUCCAGGAUGACACCUCAGACCCUACCUACACCAGCUCCUUGGGAGGGAAGAUCCCCGUGAGAUGGACAGCUCCAGAGGCCAUCGCCUACCGCAAGUUCACGUCUGCCAGCGAUGUCUGGAGCUACGGGAUUGUCAUGUGGGAAGUCAUGUCAUUUGGAGAGAGACCCUAUUGGGAUAUGUCCAACCAAGAUGUCAUCAAUGCCAUUGAGCAGGACUACCGGCUGCCCCCACCCAUGGACUGUCCAGCUGCCCUACACCAGCUCAUGCUGGACUGUUGGCAGAAGGACCGUAACAGCCGGCCCCGCUUUGCAGAGAUUGUCAACACCCUGGACAAGAUGAUCCGAAACCCGGCAAGUCUCAAGACUGUGGCAACCAUCACCGCCGUGCCUUCCCAGCCCCUGCUAGACCGCUCCAUUCCAGACUUCACGGCCUUUACCACCGUGGAUGACUGGCUCAGUGCCAUCAAAAUGGUCCAGUACAGGGACAGCUUCCUCACCGCCGGCUUCACCUCCCUCCAGCUGGUCACCCAGAUGACAUCAGAAGACCUCCUGAGAAUAGGGGUCACCUUAGCAGGUCAUCAGAAGAAGAUCCUGAACAGCAUUCAUUCUAUGAGGGUCCAGAUGAGUCAGUCACCAACGGCAAUGGCAUGAGAACUCUCAUUUUCUGGGGGAGGAGAGGAAGGAAAAGGACCAGGCUCAAGAGGGAACCAGAGGUCGACCACUGUGGAAUGUUCUGGAAAGACUGGCUUCUCGGCUGAGAAAUGCAUUACAUCAGUGAAGAAGAAACUGGACCUGUUCUUAAUAGGCAGCCUUCAUUUCUCAGUGACAGAGCAUGUUUCAGAUGCCGUGGGAAACCAAAUCUGUGGUAAUAAAAAUACAAAAAGGUGAUGUUCAACGGAAGUGAAGACAAAACAGUAUGCAUCGGGGGAACCAAGAGUAAACUCGGCUCCCACCCUCGGGGUGCUGGAAUCACCCAUCCACAGGAAGAAAGGGAAGGAGGUAGAGGGAAGAAACAGGCAGUUUUCCAUUUUCUUCCUCACCAAUGACAUUCUUUUCUUUUCUCCUUUUGUACUCCUCCCCACGAGCCCUCUCCCUUCUCCCACAUCCAUUUCCCUUUGCUCAUGACUCGUGUAGGGAAGUUCCUUCAAACAAACCCCAGCUCCUGAGUCUCCAGAUGUCGUUCUGUCAGUUGCCAAAGGACUUUGCUGACCACUGCAUGGGGGAUCCAACCAAUUCAAUUAAUGUCUUCAUAUUGAAGAAGAGAUGUACCUUCAAUUGAAAACCUUGUUUUUCUUUUGUUUGCAUUUUCUGCAAAAAGGAAAAAGAAACCACAAAUUGGAAAAAAAAAAAAAA